CGCAUAGAACGCGACGGUGUUCGAUAAUGCCUCGAAUGUAACACAAAAUACUAAAUUUAGCAACAUUUUAACCACUGUUUUUAAUUACAAAGCGUGUUGUCAAGAUGCCGAUGUGUUGCUCGAAGAAGGCCGCACAGCGCCAAAAGGAAUAUGAAGAGGAGGUUCGUAUGCGCAAAUUGGAAGAAGCCGCUCGUCUAGAGCAGGAGCAGCGCGAACGUGACGAGGCCCGUAAAGCUGAGAUCGAACGCAUAAUGCAAGAAGAGAAACAGGCUGAACUCAUGAAAAAGAAGGCUGAAGAGGAUAAGGCCGAGCAAGAACGUCUAGCCCAGGAGCAGCGUAUGGCCGAAGAACAAGCUGAAAAGGAGCGUUUAGCUGCGGAAGAAGCCAUGAACACUAGUAUGAGCCGUGGUAUGUCUCUUUCCGAGCCACAGCAGCCAAUGUGCAAGAUGCCAAGUGUAGGUGCUCCCAGCUCAGCCUCGGUCUCCGUAUAUGAGGAACCAAUGCAGAAUCAGAACACAUUCGAAAUGAACACUUACACUCCAUUCGACAUGAGCACCGUUGAUCAGACUGCUCGCUACGUUGCUACCAAGUGUGGAUGCUCAAUGAAGCCUGAACACCAACCUUUGGAGUGUACCGUUUGUCAGGGAAUUGACCUCUCAGAUGCACCACUGAUUGCUUAAUGUACUGGAAUAUCGUAUGUACAAUCAUUGCAAAAUAGCGGUUAUCAGCACACUAUAUACACCGCAAUGCGAAAUCGGCGGUGGAUGUACAAUUAUUACCUAUUUCUUACUUGUAACACAAUGUAAUAUUAACUUCCAUGUCUAAUGCUAAUGUAGCACGUA